GACCCGCCUCUCCGCCCGGGGCCGGCCGCCGAGCACCCUCCCCCCCCGCGCUGAGGCGAGGGGCUGCCUGCCGCGCCGGGGCCACACAAAGCGGCGUGCGGCGGCGCCUUUCCCGCCGCCCCUGAGGCGGCAGCUGCCCCUGCCUUCCUCCCUCCUUCCCGCCGCAGCGCUCGGGGCUGGCCGGGAGGCGCGGGACAGCCCCGCGGCGCCGACCAUGGAGCCGCCGGUGCCGCCGCCGCCGCCUCAGGAGCAGCCGCCGCGCCCUCGCUCCCACACGGUCACCACCACCAGCAGUUCCUUCACCGCCAACCUGUCGGCCAGCUCCAGCACCCUCGCCUACGACAGGGAGUUCCUGCGGACCCUGCCCGGGCUCCUCAUGGUGACCGAGAUCGUAUUGGGACUGCUGGUGUGGACCCUGAUUGCUGGAACAGAAUACUUUCUAUAUCCAGCCUUUGGCUGGGUGAUGUUUGUAGCCGUGUUUUACUGGGUUCUCACUGUCUUCUUUCUGAUCAUCUACAUGACAAUGACCUACACCAGGAUCCCCCAGGUGCCAUGGACCACGGUGGGUCUGUGUUUUAACGGAAGUGCCUUCAUUUUGUACCUCAUUGCUGCCAUUGUAGAUGCAUCUUCAGUUACCAAAGAACUGGACAGUCACAAUUACAACAGCUGGGCAGCUUCUUCAUUCUUUGCCUUCGUGGUUACCUCCUGCUAUGCUGGAAAUACGUAUUUUAGCUUUAUAUCUUGGCGAUCACGAACUUUGCAGUAAAUAUUUUGUUAAAAUGAAUUCUGUAGUAUAAAAUAUCUUCAGGAUUAUACUCCUUUGACAAAAGCUUGGAAGAGGGAUGAGGUCUUUUGGACCAUUUCUGUUAGAAUUGACACAAUAUAUUUUAAGAUGAGAUUAAAAUGAUUAUUUAUAAUACAAUAUCUCUAGAGGCAUCUAACACUGACUUUGUACUGUAUAAUAAAAUUUCAUACUGCUUCUUUUAAAAUUAGCAUGGUAUUUUUCUAGACAUUGUAUAGAUGUAAUUACUAAAGCUUUAAUAAAUCUUACUCAGACAAUGCGAAUUUUGUAAAUGUAACUUUUUAAAUGUCACAGGUAUACUUUUGAUACUGAAUACUACAAAUCAAAACUAAGAUUGAUACUGUCUCAUUAUGAUGUAUAGAAAGUGACAUUGUGUAGAAAAAAAACCACCCAAAACUUUAAAAAUAAAUAAUUGACCCAACUGUGCAUGUUUUGUAAACUGGGAGUAAAAGGCUGCUUUUUAAAUUUCUUUUUCAGAGUAGAAUAUAUACUACUAAGAAUUCUGAUGAUCCUGUCGGUCUGCAUAUUCUAACAGCUUCUCACAAUCAUGAGAUUGCUUUUGGAGUCUAUUACUGUAGGUCUGAAGCUCGCUGAAAAAAUGUUGCACCUGAAACACAUUAUCUUAACAGGUUUCUCAAAUCCAGCAGGCUCCGAGGCAUAAGUCUAGACAACAGUCCCUUAGAGCACAGUGUUUAACUUACUGAGAAUAUCACAAAACACCUACUAAAGGUAAAACAUAUUGUUUCUCAGGGGACUGUGUUUUUCUCUUUCUUCUCAGAUUAGGCCAUUAAUCUGUCCUAAUUAAAAUCUGGGCUUCAAAAUCCCAUUAAAUGAUAUAAAGAUUAGAUCCAUAGAAUGUCAAGACGCCAGUGCUAGAAAUGAAGAAUUUCCUCCCUCCUUUCCUGUCUACUGGCAUCAUCUGUGAGUUGCUAGUUUAACAAAUGAAGUUUGUAAUUUGAUGCUCAUAUUUAAAUACCUUUGAGUCAAGCAGAAGUAUGACAGAAGAUUAUGACUUUCAAAACACACACCUUUGAAAAUGACUUUCAAAUACAAAUUACCUAAGGAAUUUUGUCCAGGAAUUACAUGGGGAGUGUAAGGUCAUAAUUAUUUUGCGAUAUUAUUUAAAGUGUUCCUCAUUUAAAACUACUGGUAAUUCUUUUAUUCCUGGAUUAAGAUGAUUUGGACUCUUCCAGUCUUCAAAAAUUUAGUUGGAUGAUUAUAUAUGAUAGUAGAGAAAUCUUAGCACUUUAAAACAUUUUUAUUUCUCCCUGUAACUAAAUGGUGUGUGUGCUUACUUAUAUGCAUACCCUGCAGCAAAGAAGAUUUAUCAGCAGCCAGCUAAUUCUGUUCUCGAUCACAUUGUUUUGUUCUUUAUUAUCUGUCGGAGUCACAGGACUUCAGUGUAAGGGAAGCCAAGAUAUUAUUUAAAAACCUAUAUUUGUCUGCAGAUUGCAUCUGGCCUGCACAACAAAGGUCAGGCGGUCUGCUGCUUGCUAAAAUUAUCCAGUUGUGAGAAGGAAGAAGGGCUACCAACAGUGCAUUUUAUCUACACAGAUAAAAUGUGUCAUUAAAAUCCCAUAUGUUCUUUUCCAUUGCUGGAAAAAAAUCAAAGGCAUAAAAGUGAUCUGAAUGUCAGCUGAUAAAAUGUAACUAGAAAUAUAGCCAGAAUUCAAAUCUCAUCAGUGAUUUCUCAUCAGUAAAAUGUUUUUGUAGUAUUAGAAAUUCUUUCUUAAACGAUAUUUGAUGUACCUAUCUUAAGUCCAAAGGACGGGACUAUGUUUGCACAAAUGCGAUGCUCUGGUCUAAAGUCAUAACGCAGGCAGCAUUUGUGGACAGAGGUAGUAAGAGGGAGUGAUAUGUUUCAUUGUAUUUAUGAAAGACUGUCAUGGAAACUGUGUGUUGUAUGUCAGAAUAAACCCAUUAAUGAAGGGCAAACCCACGCUAUUACCAGAUAAGGAGUGAUUCUGGCAAAGAUCUACCACCUCUUUGAGUCUUCAGUGCUGAUCCUCAACAGGAGAUGGGUGGAAUGUCUUCCAAAGGCAAAUCUGUGAGUUGAAUCCUUAAUUGUGAAGUCUAUAAAAUACGUACUAGGCAGAAAUUUGCUUUAUGUUUGGCCUUGCUUUUUUUUCCACGAACCAGAACUUGUCUGCCUUGCUCUUUCCUUUUAGAAAGAUAAUUAUCUUACUUCCCCUGCUCUUUCUCAUCUGUCUUGUUUCUCAGCUGUUCCCCAGGUACCAACUGUCUGUUUUUCAAGUGUUCUGAAUAUCUGCUUACAAU